UAAUAAUCAGUUUAAUGUUUCCUUGGAUUUAGAAAAGAUCGCUGAAUCUAUUGGAAAUUUUCUAAAUUUAUAAUAUAUUUUUUUUUCUUUUUUUGUGAUGAAAAUUUUUGAAAUUUUUACUUUCUAUUUUUAUUUAUAUAAUAAAAUUGUAAUUUGAGGGUGUGAAAAAAAAAAUUAAAAUUAUUUCUUGAAACUAAAAAAAGAUAAAGUGACAAAAUGACUUAUUAUUUUCCACGACCUGGCAAUUUUCCGCCAAACGCAAAUUUUUUAGUCGAAAACAAUUUUCAUCUACACCUUGAAAUUGAAAAAUUAAGAUCAGAAAAUAAUAAUUUGAAGAACACAAUUAAUCAGCAAGUGAGUCAAAUUCAACAGCAAAAUGCAAUUGAAAAGAAAAUCAUAAAUCUUAAAAAUGAUUUAAUUACAAUGAAUUCAGACUUUCGAGAAAAUUUUGAUAGGAAAAUCAAAGAAAUUAAAUGUGAACAACAAUUGGGAAUAAAAUUAAUUACCGAAAUUUGGAAAUUUCACAUGUGCAUGGCAAUUAUAAAUUUACAACAAAAAUCAUCAAAUGACGAAAAAUUUACUCAAACUGAUUUGGAAAUUGAUGACGACAAUAGUGAUGAUGACGAUAAUGAUAAUGAAGAAAAUGAUGAUGAUGAUGAUGAAAACGAAGAUAAUGAUGAUGAUGAUGAUGAUGGUCAAGCAUCAAAUAAUUCAACGUUAAUUUUUAAUGAUCAUCAAGAGCAAAUUGUUCCUCAAUCGGAGCAAAUUUCAAAUGAUGAAUAUCAUCAAACUGAAAUGGAAACACAAACUGUUGAAAUGACCAACGAAAUUCAUAAUCAACACGAAGAAUUUGAUGAUUAUCAUAAAAUGGAAACGCAAUUUGAGGAAAUUUCUAAUAAUAAUUGUCUUCAACAAGAAACGGAAAAUGUUAAAAACCAAUUUCUUCAGAUGAGAAUGGAAACGCAACCAUUGGAGAAUUUAAUGAAUCACCAUUAUCAACAAUCUAGUGGAAUAUUAAUUGCAAACAAUUGUUUAACGUCAUCAAUUAGUCCCAGACUUCAAGGAAAUUCCAAUUUCUGUCAAACACCGUUAACUGUGAACCAAAAUAUUUUCGGUAAUUUGACGGCAAACCUUCCCCCAAAAAAAGAAGAAGUUGAUUCCAUUUUUAGUAAUAAUAAUAAUAAUAUUAAUAAAGAUGAUGAUGACGAUUUAAAAAUUCAAAAAAGAGAAAGGUUAAUGAUAACAAUGUUCGCUUGCGAAAAAUGUGAUAGAAAAUAUGUAUCGAAACAAAAAUUGAAGAUACAUAAAAAAAUGCUUCAUGAAAUGAAACAAUGUAAUCAUUGUCAAAAAGAUUUUAAAUUAGGCUACAUUAAUCGACACCAAAAGUUCUUUUGCAAGGAAGCAUUAAAUUUUUUCCCCUGUCAAAAAAGUUAUACAAGAUAAAUUAUUUUACAAACUAGAAAAAAAGAAAGAAACAAACAAAAUAUAAAAAAAUAU